AUGACACUGGACGCCGACGCGCUGUCUCGCCUGAAGCGAGAGCUAAAGAAGCGUGGCCUGGAUACCGGCGGACUCAAGGCAGUGCUGCUCCAGCGGCUGAAGAAGCAUCUGCAGCAGGAGGAAAACGAGACGGAGCAGAAAGACAAAACCCCAGAGCUAAGUGGCAAGGAGGAGUCUAGCAACAAGAAGGAUCCUAUCGACGAAGACAAAGAGGAGAAAUCGGACAAAAAGGACGAGCCAGCUCCGAAACAAAAUGCUAGGGAUAAUGGCGGGGACAAGCCAGAAACGCUGAAAAGACGCGCGGAUGCAGUCGACAAAGACGAUAAUAAGGACUCGCCAGACGUUAAGAAGGCCAAGUUGACUGAAAAAGCGGAUACCGGCAGCCUACAGCCUGAAGAUGAAGAUGGCGAUAAACCGGCGUCGGUUGUUGAUGCUGAGAAGGCUUUGGAUGAAGAUGCCGAAGCAACGGAAGAGGAACACAGGACUACGCUUCGUAUCGAUAACUUUAUCCGGCCGUUUACGCUAAAUGCUGUCAAGGCACUUGUGCAAGAGCUCGGCAAUUAUGUAGAGGAUGGAUUCUGGAUGGAUGCGAUCAAGACACAUUGUUUCGUGACGUACCCCACGUCUGAGAUCGCCAAGAAAACAAGUGCGGCUCUCAACGGCAAGGUAUGGCCUCCAGAGAAUGGACGUUCGCUCCGUGUCAAGUUUGCAGAUCAUUCGGCUAUGGAGGUUUCGCAACAUGGCGAGGAGAACGUGCCCAACCGACCAAAGACUAAGGAAAGCAAUGACACUCACGCUACUCAACGCCAAAGUAAGGACCCGACUCUAUAA